CAAGGCUGCUUGGGGUGUGGUGAGAGGCAGGGAGCUGAGGAACACGGACAGAAACAGCCGAGAAAGAGAAAAGGAGUGGAAGAAGAGUUGAACUGGGUGUUAACUUAACAAAAUCGUAUUUACUCUUUGGAAUAAGACGAGCUGCUUUAGGAUUUGGGAUACCCUGUUUGAUUCGAACCACAGUAAUUGGACAGACCUGGAAAUCUACACCUGUUAGACUUGUUAGACGUGUUAGAAGUGAUGUAAACACUGCAUCUGGGUCAGCAAGUAAAGGAGCUCGAGUUCUGACGGGUAAAAAAUACCAGAUAACAGAGGAACUGUGAGAUGGCCGAGGCACCGAAGGUUGAGCUCUUUAUCAAGGCAAGUGAUGAUGGUGAAGGAGUUGGAAACUGUCCAUUCUGUCAGCGGCUCUUCAUGAUUCUCUGGCUGAAGGGGGUUAAUUUCACCCUCACUACUGUUGACAUGAAGAGAGCUCCAGAGGUUCUGAAGGACCUGGCUCCAGGUUCUCAACCGCCUUUUCUCAUCUAUAAUGGAGAGGUACGCACUGACACCAACAAGAUCGAGGAGUUUCUGGAGGAGACACUGGCGCCCCCACAAUAUCCUAAACUGUGCUGCCGCUACAAGGAGUCUAACCGAGCUGGAGACGACAUUUUCCACAAGUUCUCUGCUUACAUCAAGAACCCCAACCCUGGACUCAAUGACAUGCUGGAAAAGAAAUUCCUGAGGAGCCUGAUGAAGCUGGAUCAGUAUCUGCUCACCCCUCUGCCCUGCGAGCUGGACAAGAACCCUGACGCCAGCCAGUCCAGCCGGCAGUACCUGGACGGAGACUCCCUCACACUGGCUGACUGUAACCUUCUACCCAAACUGCACAUCGUCAAGGUUGUUUGUCGGAAAUAUCGUGAUUUUGUGAUUCCUGAAGCGCUCGUGGGUCUGACGAGGUACCUGGAGAAAGCCUACCAGCAGGACGAGUUCCGCUACACCUGUCCCAACGACGCCGAGAUCCUGCUGGCCUACCACUCUGUGGCAAAAUACCUCAACAAGUAGAACGAGCUCAGGAACAGGAGGGGAUGGGUGGGGUUUGGGAAUGGAUUGGUUCUUAGAAAGCCCAAAGGCAACAGUAAUGUAUACAUAAUAAUCUACUACAUUAGGGUGAGCUGUUCUUCUGGAUUGUGAAGGUGGUGGCUGUUCUGUUGUUUCUACAGAUGGGACACUCUGUACAUUGUCUGCUUGUUGCUGCUUGUUAUGGUUUGUAUUAUUACUCACUCACACUGCCAUUUGUUUUGUAACUUGUAAUGAUGUAUGAUAUUCUAUUAGUAUCUUUCUCUCUUCAUUUUUACUUCCUUGCAUGUACAUUGCCUGUGGAAUCAGAAAUAGUGCCAUUUAUGUAUAAACAGUUCUGUCCAAAAGUAUUGGACCAAAUUCUUUAUUUUUGCUGUAGACUGAAGACAUUUCUUUUUAAUAUUAAAAGACAAAUUUGGAAUUUAGGUUUUGCCUGUGCAGACUGUGCAUUUAUAGUUAAAUGAGUAACAACAUGAAAAACAAAGAAUGUUUUAUAAGUGAAAAAACAACCAAUCAUGAAGCUGAGAGAAGAAGAGAAAUCUAUCAGAGCCAUUGCACAAAUACUGCCCAUGGCCAGUAGAACUGUUCGGAAUAUCUUAAAGAAGAAAGUCAUUACUGGUGUACUAAGUAACAGAUGUCAAACAGGUAGACCAAAGGAAACCACAGCAGUUAAUGACAGAAUCAUUAUGAGUGUGGUAAAGAUAGACCCUAGAGUGAAGGUAUCACAUUAUUAGUAAGAAGAAAAGGAAGGCCAGGCUGGAAUUUGUCAAGAAAGACAAAGACAUGCAUACAGACUGAUUAUAGACUGAUAAGAUAAAAAUGAAUCUUGUGAUACCAAUGUAGUGGAAAAGCUAGAGAAAUGGAAAGCUUGGAGAAAAAAAGGAUCUGAUCAUGAUCUCAAACAUGAUCAGAUCUCAGAUCUCAAACACAACACAUCCACAUGAAACACAGUGUAGGUAAUGUCAUGGCUUGGGCUUGCAUGGCUUUUUUUGGGAACACAUUAUGUAAUUAGAAGUCUACAGGAACAUUUUUCUACAAGGAACCCUUCCAACUACUCAGGAGUUCAUUAGCAGCAAGACGUGGAAGGUUUAGACUUGCCUAACCAAUCUCCAGAAUUAAACCCUAUAGAGGAUGCGUUUUACCUGAUAAAGAGGAGACUGAAGGGAGUAACCCCCUAAAAAAACUGAAAGAAGCUGUAGUGAAUGGCUGGAAAAGCAUUUGCAAUUAAAUAUUAAGUCUUAUUCAUUUUAAUCUAUUUUAGGUUUGUCUGUUUUAAUACUUUUGUGUGGGGUGGGUUCAGACAAAAGGUGAUAUUUUCAGAAAUGUGUAUCAAAUCCAGAUGUGAAUGCAAACCUGAUAUGCUGAUCUUUUGAUGUAUUUUUUUUAUGUCCAAACAAAAAAAAAAGAAAGAAAAGUUUUCAGUCCACAGCAAAAAAAUAACAGGAUUAUCCUUACUGUUCCAAUACUUAUAAUAUAUUUUCAUGACUAUUUACAUUGUAGAUUCUCACUGAAGGCAUCAAAGCUAUGAAUGAACACAUGUGGAGUUAUGUACAAAGUAAAGGCAAAGGGGCCAACAAGUGUUAAACACCUCUGGGAACUCCUUUAUUAUUGUUGGAAAACCAUUUCAGGUGGCCACAUCUUGAAGCUCAUUGAGAGAAUAAUGCCAAGAGUGUGCAAAGCAGUAAUCAGAGCAAAGGGCGGCUAUUUUAAAGAAACUAGAAUAUAAAACAUGUUUUAGUUAUUUCCCCUUUUUUUGUUAAGUACAUAACUCCACAUGUGUUCAUUCAUAGUUUUGAUGCCUUCAGUGAGAAUCUACAAUGUAAAUAGUCAUGAAAAUAAAGACACUUGUGUCCAAACAUUUGGCCUGUACUAUAUAUUGUUGUAUGUGUGUAUAUAUAUAUGUUGGUGUGCAGUAAACUAAAAAAGCACUCAGUAAAACUAAUCUGUGAGAGAGUAACUUGUAAUCUACCCCAGUGGUUUUAAACUGUGGAUCAUGGGCAGUGGGUUUCAUCAGGGGGGCAGGUGGGCUUUAAGGAAGCCGCAUCGCUGUACAUUUUGUUUUUUUCCACUAAAGCAAACCUCAGAAAGUGUUUAAGAUCAGAAAGGGGAACCCCUCAGUAAGGCAGAGUUAAAAAGUGCUCAGGCAAGCACUGUCACAUGAGUCACAAGUUCAUCUAGUGUGACUUCGUGACUGUUGUGACUGAUGUGUGUGUCUUUCUACACCAGUAAAACUUUUACUGAUAAUAAUGGUAAUCAGAUACAGCAGAUACAAAAAGAACAUUGUGAAAUAUUAUUGUCUGAUUGUUGUGUUUAUUGGGUUCAUUCUUUUAGAAGUGAAUAGAGAACAAAUACAUUUUGUAAUUUUAAAAUAUAAAACAAUUUUAAAAUAAUUUAGUGUUGGCUGUAUACAGUGUACUGAGUUGAAGUUGACAAACAUUAUAUAUAUUAUAUAUUAUAUUUACAGGUGUACCAUGCAAUGGGAGGAUGUUGGAAGCCCUGAUUUAGACAGAGUGAAUUUGAGGGUUGGAUAUUUUAAUAUGGCACUGUGUGUAAAAUUUACAAUGUUACAACAAAAUGUAAAGUGAAAAUGUAUGAAGUAAACAAGAUAACCAAUUUGAACUAUUAAAAACUACUAUUUGACAAUGAA